AUGGGUCAGCAUUGUUGAAAUGGUGAGAAAGAUAGAAAGAUAAAUGUGGGUAAAAGAUCUUGAAGGAUGAGAGCACCAAAGAAGAAGAAAAAGAAAAAGGAGAAGGCCAAAUGAACUCAGAAACCGCCGAAUGGCUGCAUUAUUGGUUUUGCCUCAUUUGGCCUUCCAUAUGUGAAGCGCGUAUUAAAAAUCGUCCAUCCAGUCCCAAUCGUGUAAUCUUUUGUAGGUUUUUAUGGGAACAAAUUGACACAUUUAUUUCGAAUAGGUUGGUAACCAAGGAGAGAAGAAGAUGGGAAGAGUUCCCAAGAAGCCUCACGAGGCCCUGUUCGAUGGCCUACAGACAGACCUCAAGGGAUUGAUCAUCAGGUUCAUUGCAACGGAGAGCGUACGCUAUGAGGAGUUUACCAAGAUUUGGAGGGCGCUCAAUUUCCCCCUCAUCUUUUAUGGCAUAAAGAGUGACCAGCUCCUACGAACGUUCACAUCAGAAGCGUAUGCCCUGACUGCGUCGUCUCUGGUCUCCCCACAUGAUCUGCAGACUAGGAUAUGUGCCAUGUAUAUGUUAUAUGCAUUGUAUCACACCCAGCCCUGCUCACCCAAGCUGAAGAUCCGUAUAGACCCAGAGCACUGGCAGGCCUUGCUGAACCUCUCCAAGGAGCUCAAAGAACAGGGUCACCUAGACGCAGGAUACAUCUUCCUCAAGAUGCACAGAGACAAGAUCUUCCAGUUCACAGCAACCCUCAGACAUGCAUCCUACACCAGACAUAAGAGCGGAGACGGAGUAUAUGAGAGAUGGAGAGCUGGCAAGGAGCUCAUGACGACAACCUUCAACCCAGAUCUUUUAGAGCAACUCCAUGGCAUACACAACCACUAUCAGCAGAUGAAGCAAGAUAUGGGUUACCAGGAUAACCUCUCGAUGAAGCUGGUUCGAGAUUCCAUGGCUGAUUACAUAAUACAGAGGAUUCAUGCCCAUCAGGCUUCUGAUGAGGACGAGGAUGAUAGCGAACAAGAACGGGAGGCUAACCCCGCCCAGGAGCGAGCUGCCAGGAUUGCGCUCAUCAAGAAGAAGUCUUUCGCUAACAAAGGACAGGGUUCCAGCUCCCAGCGUCAUCUCCAGGAGGCUGCCACCACCUCUGCUUCCGAGGUGGACGAGAAACCCUCGCUCUCCUCUGCCAGGCCUGCCAGACGGGGCCGCAAGAGGGCAAAGAAGAUGCCGGGGAGGAAACCGGUUGAGAAAGACCGACCAGCCACUGAGAUGGAGAAAAAAAAGGCGUGGUCCAUUCUUCCGAUGAGGAGGCUGAUUGAUGUGGAGGAGGAAGAGGAGGAAGAUAAUGAUGAAGACUCUGAUGUUGAGCAAGGCAGGAAGAAGAAGAAAGGAGCAAAAAAAUCAGCUGCUAAGAAAGGGGUUAAAGGAAAGAAGAGCUCAGAGAAGAAACAAGAUAAGGGGAAGAAGAAAAAGCAGAAGAAAAAGAAAUCAAAGAAAUCCGAGUUGGAUUUAUUUACAGCAGAAACAUCCGGCGAUGAUAUGAGUGAGAAAAAUGGAAGCGCAACAUCAGCAACGGAGGACACAGGGUCAUCACCACGCAAACGGCGAGGUCGGAAGAGGAAGAGGGGGUCAUCUACGAGCGAGGCUGAAAUCAGUGAUGGGAAGAGGAGGAGGAAGAAGAAGGAGAACAUGUCUGAAUCUGAUGGGCAGAAAGAUAGGUGGACUGAGAGUGAGGGAGACGAGUUGAGCUCGAUGAAGGGGGAAUCCCCUCAAAAAGGGAAAUCUCCCCAAAAGGGGAAAUCUCCCAUAGGACAGACUGCAAGGAUUUCCUUCGUUGAAUCUGAUGAUGAGUGUUUUUCUCCUGAGACAUCGACACUGGCUAGGAGUGAAGAUGAGGAGACUGUUUCUUUAAAGCGGAAGAGACGGGGGCGACCGAAGAAGUCGGUCAUGCCAGAAGAAGACGUGACAGCUUGGAGGAGUGUCUCGGAUGAUGCUAGUAACCAUGACGAUCAUCGUCACGGUGAUGGUUUGGUUAGCGAUGGUGGAGCGAGCACAUGCGACAUUGGACAGGUUAACACAGGUGUUCAAGUGGACGUAAGGCAAGAAGGACCAGAACCGGUAAACAGAUCACCCCAGAAGAAAGUGUUACUUGGUUUGAAAAAGACACGAUCACGAAAGGACCCUGAAGAGGAGGAAUCGGAGAAGGGAUCGGGCAGUAAAGAACAAAUGGUGGAGGGAGGGGUGGGUGUGGAGGUGAAGGGGGUGGAGAAAACACCAGAGAAGACGAGAAAGGGAGAGGAAAUGGAGGGACAGAUGGAAAGAUCCCCAAGGAAAUCUGCAAGGCCAAGGAAAGUGGUUAAGUACUAAGAGUUGAUCAUUUGUCAAGGAUGAACUCGGAAUGAACAAAGUUUUCCCCAUUGUCAGUUGGUGUCUGAGCUUGCGAGCCCAUUAGUUUGAUAGUUUGGCAAUUGGUUGAUCAAAAGACUGUUACCCGAAGUAGGCAGAUCUUAUCAAAAUCUUGGUCUGAUCUUGAUAAUCACUUAAAAUGGUCAUGUUCUUUUAAACAUCCCUUUAUUAGUUUAUGAUAAUAAAAAUCAUCAUCAUAAUCAGUAAUAUCAACAUCGUAAUCAUCAACCUAGUUUAAAACGUGCAAUCGAUUCUAAACUUGGGGCACUAGUGAAAAAAGGGUAUGAAGAACAAUACAGUCAAUCUUAUGCAAAAUUGCUCUGUAGUUUUCACGAUAAAGUGAUUUAUUAUCAGCAACAUUUGGCUUAGGGCAAAAUCUUUUGUCUACAAGUUGGUAACAACAUUUGCAAAGUGCACAACAGUGUGCAUGUAUCAGUCACACACAAUUGUGUAAGUAGCCCCAUGACUAAUUGCUCGGAUCACAAGUGGAUGUGUUAUAGAGCUGAAAAAUCUUUCAACUUACAAAAACAAAUCUAAAAAUUGAUAUUUGGACCCAAAAUCGAGCUGACAUUUUGCCAUACGAUUCAUUUUAUUUUUGUUUCAUUCAAAUAUGUGGAUGAAAUUGAUCUAUCAAUAAAUUAUACUCCUUUUUUUUCUCAAAAGAAGAGUUUUGUUUUUAAGAA